AGUUCUUUAAAGCUAAGAGAAACAUCUGUCCGAUGGAACAACUUAAGUUGUCACCUGCUCUAAGAAUCUGACAGUUGCAAAAAACCUCAAUGGCCACCUAAUCCAAUCCACACAGAAAAGGAAUCCUCAUUAUAACAUCCCUUACGAUGGGUCAUCUUGAUUCUACUCGAACACCUCCAAGGAUGGGGAAUCCCGCCUCAAGAAUGCAAGAUGCUUGCUGAAGGGACUUCGUGGCUUUGGUCUUUUCCCUCCUGGUUUUGCUUCUGACUUUUUGGAUUUUGCCACCAUGCCUCAUCUUAAUUUUGACACUGCAACUUCCCUUCGCGCCUGGGGCCUCUUCACCUUGGAUAAUCCUUGCACCAUCCCAGUUUCCCUCUUCCACUGCAAGCUAAAAAAGCUGAGUGAAGACAGUUUGACUAAGCAGCCUGAAGAAGUCUUUGAUGUCUUAGAGAAGCUUGGUGAGGGAUCUUAUGGAAGUGUAUUUAAAGCAAUACAUAAAGAAUCUGGUCAAGUGGUGGCAAUUAAACAAGUUCCUGUUGAAUCAGAUCUUCAAGAAAUCAUCAAAGAAAUUUCUAUAAUGCAGCAAUGUGACAGCCCCUAUGUUGUAAAGUACUAUGGCAGUUACUUUAAGAACACUGACCUUUGGAUUGUUAUGGAAUACUGUGGAGCUGGUUCUGUUUCAGACAUAAUUCGGUUACGGAAUAAGACAUUAAUUGAAGAUGAAAUUGCAACUAUUCUUAAAUCCACUUUGAAAGGACUUGAAUAUUUGCACUUCAUGAGAAAAAUACAUCGAGAUAUAAAGGCAGGAAACAUUCUCCUCAAUACAGAAGGGCAUGCAAAAUUAGCGGAUUUUGGAGUAGCUGGACAAUUAACAGAUACAAUGGCCAAACGCAAUACUGUUAUUGGAACUCCAUUUUGGAUGGCCCCUGAAGUAAUACAAGAAAUUGGCUAUAAUUGUGUGGCAGACAUCUGGUCCCUUGGUAUCACAUCAAUAGAAAUGGCUGAAGGAAAGCCACCUUAUGCUGAUAUACAUCCAAUGAGGGCUAUUUUUAUGAUUCCCACAAAUCCACCACCAACAUUCCGAAAACCAGAACUUUGGUCUGAUGAGUUCACUGAUUUUGUCAAGAAGUGCUUAGUGAAGAGUCCUGAGCAGAGAGCCACAGCAACACAGCUCUUACAGCAUCCUUUUAUCAAGAAUGCCAAACAAGUAUCAAUUCUAAGAGACCUGAUCACAGAAGCUAUGGACAUAAAGGCCAAAAGACACGAAGAACAGCAAAGAGAACUAGAAGAGGAGGAAGAAAAUUCGAGAUAUAUUUCCCCUGAGGACUGCUUUAGCUGCAUUCCAGAAAUUUUGGAUGAAGAUGAGUUGGAUUCCCAUACCAUGGUGAAGACUGGUUCAGACAGUGUGGGCACUAUGAGAGCUGUCAGCACAAUGAGUGAAGGGGCUCAGACCAUGAUUGAACACAAUACCACCACAUUAGAAUCGGAUUUGGGAACCAUGGUCAUAAACAGCGAAGACGAAGAAGAAAUAGAUGGAACUAUGAAAAGAAAUGCAACUUCGUCACAAGUACAUCGACCAUCUUUUAUGGAUUAUUUUGAUAAACAAGAUUUCAAAAAUAAGAGUCAUGAAAACUGUAAUCAGAACAUGCAUGAACCGUUCCCAAUGUCAAAAAAUGUUUUUCCUGACAACUGGAAAGUUCCUCAAGAUGGAGACUUCGAUUUUUUGAAAAAUUUAAGGUCUCCUGCAGGAAUAUCACUAAAAUAGUUGAUUGGCCAAGAAAGCAGUUGUGAGGACUGAUGAAGUGGGAGAAUGGAGAAUGGGAAGAAAGGAGUAUUUAAGUACUUUAGCCCAUUUUAAGAUGGGGGGAAAUUGAAUAAAAUUUAGGGGGAAAAGUGGAAGGAUAAGAAAGGAUCAUCGGGAAUUUUGAGCUUUAUUUGUUGGAGAAAAACUAUUUACUUAGCAAUCAUGAAGAUUGCCUCAAAUAAAGUAAAAGAUUCAUUGCAAUUGAGGUUAUAGAGAAAUUGUUAACCCAGGAUUUUGGAAAGGUAAUUAGUGUUGCUGUGGAAAUUGCUGAAGAUAGGAAAUAGGGAAAAUUGUGAGAUCACUACUAAGUCACCGAGAAAGAUAAGUGUUUGCCCUGAAGGCUAGUAAACAAAUAGUACUUAUAAUGAGAAGACUCACUCAUCUUUGUAAGGAGCAUCCUGUGCUCUUUAUUCAAUUUCUGAGGGGACAUUUAUUUUUCUCCCUUUUCAAUUUUCUGAUAGCACUUUGCUUGUAUGCCUCAUUUCCACUUAUUUCUCCCCAUUUUACCAUUAUCUUGUCAUUAUCCUGUUGAUUUUAAUCUCCUUGGGAGCAGGGAUUAUAUUUUUGCUUUCUGUAUAUUGCCAGCACCUAAACAGUACCUUGCUCAGAGUAGGUGCUUGAGAAAUUUGUUGAAUUAAAGGAGUAGGAGCAGUCAGAGAAUUAUUUCUCUGGAGAGGGUUUACGAAGAAGUAGAAAUUAAAGGGACAGGUUUUAAGUGAAUCCAGAAAGAAUUAUCUGUAGAAGAAACAAACGUUUCUUUGCUUUUUAUAAUAGACUAGGGGAAUCAAAUAAUCACAUAAUUGCUCACAGCAUGUCUAAGCUAUUGCUUUAGAUUUGGUUCCUAGAAGUUACUAUUUAUCACAAAUUUAUCCAGAGUGUGAAAUGGGAAAGAAAAUAAACUCAACUAGUUUCUCUUUUCUCAGCCUCAAUCAUUCCUGUCCCAGUUAUAUCUACCAUCAUCUCUAUUCUCUUUUGCCUCCAUUCUAUUGGGAUGUAGUGUAUUGGGGAGAAAGGAGAAAAGAGAAUUAGGGAAGAAAGAGAAAGAAAAGAAAGGGGAAAGAUAAGGGGCUUUGAUAGAGAAAUUUUCACUUACUCUGAGUUGGAGAAUGGGAUGAAAACCACAAAAAUAAAAAAUUGGCUUUCCUUUGAUUCUAUCUCUUGUAAGCAUUGAUCUUAUUUUACACUCAAAUCCUUAUUCUUAAUAACACGACUUUUUUUUUUUUAAAGAAAAGGUUCCUAUGUUUUGAGUUAGUUUGAAAAUAGAAUUUGUCUUUUUAGUACUUUUUUUCUUUGCCUCUGAAUCUGACAAUCAUGAUUUUCCUUAUGUUGAUUGCUUGUAAUCUUUUUACCAGAAUAGUUACAUAUAGAUUAGAGUCAAGUUGAAUUGAGAAGUGAAACCUUAUUCCUUAUAGUUUUAUACUUCAGAGUCCAUUUUGAGCAUAAUGCCUUAAAUGAUUUAAUCAGAAUGGGAAAAAUCAUCAAAGAAGGUGACAGUUAUAGUGGUCCCUACCCAGUACAGAAGUAAAAAUUCUUACUUUGGGCAACCCUUGAUAAUGACAACAGGAAAUGAGUUUUUUCAUUUCAAUAUAUAUAAAAUGGAAAUAUACUAUCCAACAUGUGACUCAUAGAAGUAUAGAAUAAUACAAGUUGGUACAUAUCUAUCAUCUUUGUAGGCAACAGGAGAUGUUUAGAUCUAGAAAGAGAUUACUUUUAUAAAUGGACAGAAAUGGGCCUAUAUUUGUGUGCCAGCAAAACUUGCGAAAAAGAAAACCUAGAACUUUCUUUGUCUUCUUUCUGGGCAUGAAAGGAAUGAGCCCCUUCCGGGAGGUAGGUAGCUUUCAAGAAUGAAAAAUGAAAGCAAACACUUCAUUGUCUUUUCUAGCAGUUAAAGCAGAUCCCCAAGCACAAAACACAUCCAGGAUUUCUUUGGCACCUGCUGAACAGAUGUCUGGAAAAGGAGGCAUUCAUCAUUAUGAGAUUCUACCUAAAAAUUUGUAUAUUUUCUCAAUCUUUAACAUUUGCCUUUUAUUUUUGCUGUGAACUGUUCCAUGUUAAAAGCAUUGUGAAAAACUUUUUUUACUUUGUUCUAUAAAAAAGACAAAUGGCUCUGCCCUCGAUAUAAUAAGAUAAUAAAUGAGUCUAAUCAUUAAUUCUACCACGUUAUUAGGUAUUAUAAAAAUAGUUGAUAAAUUUAUUUUGGGCUAAUUGAAUCAGUUGCUUUUAGUAGAUGAUAGUAGUAAAAAAAUUAUUUAGAUUAUAUCUGUGAAGAUACAUUUUGAAAGUAAAAAUGUAAAAGGCAAAUUUGUUUAUUAUAGCACUAGUGUAAUAUUUCAGUCUUCAAUAGGAUUAUUUCCAAACAGUUCUGGUAUCCAGAUUGUUUAGUGUUAAAUAGAGAACAUGUAGAUCAUAUUUUGUUGCCACUAUAGUAUUAUAUUUAAGUAGAUACAUUUUCAAAAACUUAAAGGUUUUGGAAUAAGAACAGAAUUUUAAAGAACCAUCUGUUAAUCCACCAUCAGUUAGUUUCAAGUCAAAAUUUUUUUUGAUUUAUAAUUGUUAUGAAGUAAUGACAAAAGGAAUGAAUGAAUCUACCUUUUUUUCUUAAGUCCAAAUCUUUAUCAGUAGCAUUUAAAAAAACAGAUUAGAAUCUAAAGAGACAGGUUUUUUGCUUUUUUGAGGUAAACAUUUGAAAGAAUUAUAAGGUCAAAUUAUCUAUAUUAUCAGCUUUUUUGUAUUUAUAAUUAUUUAUAUAACCUAUAUUUUUGUCCCCUUCUGAUUCCAAAGGGAAAGAUACAGUUCUAUAAAGGGAACUAGCCCCUCCCUAUAGGAGGAGCAGGGAGAUCUUUCAUUCUUGAACCUUAUUUCUUGUAGACCCUUAUUAGUGUUCAUCAGACUUAUAUCUAGUUGUAGGGUUGAAGAAUCAGUAUAAUUUUAGAGGUUUUUUCCCCCAAGAAAUUCACUUCUACUCUUAAUAAUUUUGUAGAUAGUAGGAAACUGUAAAAUAGAGAAAUUUAUGUCUUUUGCUUUAUCACUAUAGAUUAUUAUGAUUUCUUCUCCACAUUCCUCAUAGGACAUUGGGCAACCAGGCGGUACAGUGGUUGCAGUCAGGAAAACCUGAGUUCAAAUCCUACCUCAUUAACUUCUUGUAAAGAAAAAUGUUUUAGCUAUUAAAGGUGUUCAGAAAUGGGAUGUUUUAGGGACAAUUCACUUAAUAUCUUCUAAUCAAUCCAUAAACAUUUAUUAUAUGCCACACAUUAUGCUAAACACUCAAAAAGAUGCAAAAGAUAGUUCCUGCCAUCAUGGAGCUUACAGUCUAAUGGAGGAGACAAGAUGCAAACAAUAUAUACAAAGCAAGCAACAGGAAAUAAUUUUUAAAAGGAGAGCAGUGGAAUCAAAGAGGGUUAGAAAAGGCUUCCUGUAGAAUGUGGGAUUUAAGCUGAGACUUAAAGGAAUUUAGGAAAAUCAGUAAUCAGAGCAAAAGAGUGUUCCAGGCAAAGGGAAUAGACAACCAGAGAAACUGGAGUCAAAAGAUGGAGGGUCUUGUUUGCAGAACAGCCAGGUGGCUACGGUUACUGGAUAGAAGACUGUACUGGGCAAUAAAAUGUAAGACUAAAAAGGUAGGGAAAAGCAUAGUUAUGAAGGGCUUUAAAUGCCAACAUAGUAUUUUUGUAUUUUUUCAUGGAGGUAAAACAAAGUCACUGGAGGCUAUUGGGUAGUGGGGUGUUAUGAUCAGACCUGUGUCUUAGGAAAGUCACUUUAGUGGUUAAAUGGAGAAUUGAUUGGAGAUGGGAAAGAUUUGAGGAAGGCAGCUCAUCAAGGCAUGAGGUGAUAAGGACCUGUAGUAGGGUGAUAGCAGUAUCUGAGGAGAGCAAAGGGCCUGAUUCAGUUUCUUAGUCUGUAAAAUGAAAAAAAAAAAAUAAUAGCAUCUACCUCCUGGGGUU